AUGUCAUCUAUCAUCCAUCGAACUCAGCCCAAACCUCAGUUAUAUGCUCGUUAUCUGGAUACUGUCAGAUCUGCAGCUCUCUGGGAUCACAAAGCACCAAUCACCAUCAAAGGUCAACUUAUCACCGCAUCAUCUGACUCGCAAGAAUCUAGUGGAGCGCUUCUCUGGUCCGAACUCAUUCGCAAGUUCCUCAAGCAUAACCCUGAACGACCACUCACAGCCGAAUCUGCAACUAUCGACCAAGCCCUGAGAGCUAAACUGACAGCCUCUUCUCAAAAAAUUGACUAUGAUCAUGAUCGAUAUCAUCUCGUCGAUCAACCUGAAGUACACUUCUUCGACAUAUUCUUCUGGCUUUCAGAUCUGAUACUUACAUGUGUCUCCUGGCAGAUCGGUCGUGUAGCAUUGGCCCCGCUGAUCCUAGAUCAAGAUAAAGAUAAAAUUCUCGAGAUGGUCAACAAAUUGAAGACCUCCAUUGAGAGUCAUACUUCUAAUUCGACUCAAGCGCCCUCCAGAACAUUAUCCGAUAUUAAUUCUGCAAAGAUCAUUGUGGGAUUUUCUCAAUACACAAUCGGUGAUUUUACACAGUCGAUCACUAUACUUGAAGAAUGUAAUUAUGAUCUGCCAAAACCUGAUCUGACCAUUCAUACUGAGAAGUACGAUAUAGUAUUACAAGUACUGGCUCAUACUGUUCUUGCACUCUCUUAUGAAUCAAGUGAAGCAGCCUUUGCUACCACUUUGGAUUCGUACAAAAAAGCUGCUUCGACUUAUGGAAGAUGUCUUAGCCAUCUGGCUAUCACAGCUGGGAACGAAGGUAAUGAAGAGAUGCAUUCGUGGGCUGAAGUAGGACUCUAUAGAUAUGCUCUCAUCAGUCGAAAGGCUUCGGAUGAUCAAAUUACUUUAGAGGCUCAUCGACUCUAUCAUUCUUAUUCUCGCUAUUGGCCUAAUUCGUUCCGAUAUGGAAAGAGAUGUGUGUUCUAUAAGUCGUACCUGAGGAUACUUAUUGAUUCACGGAAAUCGGGAAAGUGGACACCUGCGAUCAUGGCUUCAGUCUCAAACUUUGCGUCUUCGAAUAUGACUUUAUCGAGUGAGAUAGGAUCCAUACAAAACAAAACUUACUGGCAAGCUUGGCGAACCGAGGUAUUUGGGGUUCAACGCGCUUAUGAACAUGUACUCAAACUGAGUGGCAGUUUUCCCAAGUCCGGGGCUAUCAAUCAACCUGUCCUGGAGUUUUGUGAUUUGCUCUUUGAAGCUUGGAGGGUGGACGGUUGUGAAAGCGAAGAAGCGAAACAUAUCAUUGAGAUGCUCUAUCGUGCUACUCGUCAAACAUUUCAUUCACAUAAGAUCUUGAGAUAUCUCGUACGGCUCUUGAGCGCUCAACAUGCUUUUGAAGAAGCCAGUCAAGCUCUAGAUCUCUAUGUACAACUCUUCACCAAGGCUAAAGAGAUCGAAUCACCCAAAGGUUCUCCUGAUCCGACUCAUCUGGAUCCUGGAGUAGGAUCACCAACCGACGCAAUCGAACCGAAUGAUCAAAAUGGCAACUCGAUGGAAGCAUCUGAUCAUGACUCGGAUGAAGAUUUCAUUGAAACUCUUGUCUUUGGUUGCAGACUUUGGAUUAAGUUUUUGUCUGAUCCCGAAAAGGCUUUUAAACUGAUCACACGCGCAUCAGAAUUGAUUGAAGCCAAUAAGGCAAAAUCACGUGCUAUUGAUGUAUCACUGGAGGCCCAGGUGGAGCGAUUUUUAGGCCUCGCUGCCGGAGCGCAAGCUCAAAUUGCGGACAGCGAGACGCGACCGGAGUUGCACGCAACUUAUUUGAAACACUUGAUUCGGGCAGCUGAAUUGGACCCCAACUCAUAUGAGAAUCUUUAUCAUCUUGCCUUUGCUCAAGCUGAAUUGAGAGACAUUGAAUCAGCACUCGUAUCAGCAAGAAAGGCAGUGGAUAUCAACUCGAACAAGAAGAUUGGUUGGCAUUUACUUGGUUUACUUACUAGUGCAUCUAAAGAACCUCGAUUGGCUUUAGAUAUCAUUGAUAUUGGGUUGAAUGAUGAAGGUGAUGAUGGAUCGGAAAACGGAAGUGGCACGAGAACUCCGAAGAGGAGUGAUGUGAGUGGCACACCGAUUCUUGGAACGCUCACGCCUCCGAUCAAUACAGAAUCUCCAUCUGAUAUUGGAGGAACCAGUAAUGGAAUUCCAUCACCUGAGGGUAAUGCUUAUUCAAGUACUAAUGGCAGUCCUGCCCAUGGAGUAUCUGAAUCGAAUUCUGAUGCACUAAGUACACCGCGUCGAGAUACGUUCUUGAAUGUACCAAGUCAUACGAAAUCAAGCAGUCGGACAAGUCCGAUUAGUACAGGUAGUCCAGCUCUAGAACAACAUCCAAACGCAUUGAAUGAUGAUCGUCUUGAAGAGUUAGAAGCCAUGAUGCAGUUAAGGAUUACGAAGAAUGUGAUACUAGAGUCUAUGGAUGGUCCUGAGGUUGCUUUGACUGAUCAACAAGCUUUAUUCUCAUACUUUGCUCAGAUCGCUCCUCAACUUAGAAGAGGCUCUUCCCAACAAAUGUCGCCUUAUGGCAUUGCCUCAAAAUCAGGAAUGGCCUCAAAUGCUUCUGUGAUAACUGCCGCUGAUCGGUCUGAAGCAGCGAAUGUGGGUGAUCAUCUUGGAUCACGUUCGAGAUCAACUAUCAUCAGAAGAAAAUUGAUUGGAAAAAAGGGAAGUACUGAUACCAGUACUACUCCGGCUGGCUCACCUAAUAAGCCAGUAAGCCGGGCUAUAUCCUUAUCACUCCGACAUCCUCGACACGGGUCAAAUUCAGUAAGCGAGAAACGUAGCGUCAUGGCCUCUAAAACAUCCCUAUUGAAAUCCGAGUCUGGAAAUGUAGCCUUGAAUGAAAAUCAAGAUCAAUCCGGGAACGAGCUAAUUGAAGGAAAAGUUUCAAAAGCAGAUAAAUUAUUGCAGUCACUCUGGUUGAUGUCAGCAGCUACGUUUAGAAGAUGGGGUAAGAUGGAUGAAUGUCUCGGAGCGAUCCAAGAAGCCGAAAGUUUAGAUAGUGAUGAAGCAGAUGUAUGGGUACAAUAUGCACUUUAUAAAUUAUCAAUAAGUGAUUUAAACAGUGCGAUUGAAUCAUUAAGUAAAGCUUUAUCAUUUACAGAUGAUCAUAUUAGUGCAAUAGUUCAUAUUUCUAGAAUUUUAAAAGAAGAAGGAUCGCUAGAAGUUUCAGAAGGAUUAUUGGAAACUUUGACGAUCUCGAAUGGUUGGGAUGUACCGGAAGCUUGGUUUCUUUUGUCUGAGAUCUAUUCUCUUACCGAUCGGAAGAAAAGAUCAAGAGAUUCUUUGAUUUAUGCUUUAAAUUUAGAACAAACUAAACCUAUAAGACCUCUUCGUUUUGCUUUACCUAGAUGUUUAUGA